CCGCGUCGUGGCGCUGCGGCGUCGCGGAGGUUCCUGCCGUCCCGUUCCGUCCUGACCCGUCCCGGCUCGGCCAGGAGGUUCGUGCGUGCGCAGGGGCAGGGGCCGCGACGGGCAGCGGGGCCGUGGCUGGGGUGGAGCGCGGCGCAGCGCCGGGAGGAGGAGGCUGCAUCGCUCCCUCUCCGGCGGGACAAAGGGCUGUGGGCGCGCAGGGGCCAUGGGCCGGCUGCCGCGCUAGGAGCGUCCCCAGUUAGCGGGGCGAGGAGGGAAGCGGCCGCUGCGCCCCUUCCCCGGCCGGGGGCUGCGCGGGGCCAGAGAUGGAGCCGGCGGCGCGGCCGAGCGGGGAUAUCCUGAGGCGGAACCCGCAGCAGGACUACGAGCUGAUCCAGCGAGUGGGCAGCGGCACCUACGGCGAUGUGUACAAGGCUAGAAAUCUUCAUACAGGAGAACUGGCUGCUGUAAAAAUAAUCAAGUUAGAGCCUGGAGACGACUUUUCAUUGAUACAGCAAGAAAUAUAUAUGGUUAAAGAAUGCAAGCACUGCAACAUAGUCGCGUAUUUUGGGAGCUAUCUCAGCCGUGAGAAGCUGUGGAUAUGCAUGGAAUACUGCGGUGGGGGAUCCCUCCAAGAUAUUUAUCAUGUCACAGGACCUCUGUCAGAGCUACAAAUUGCGUAUGUAUGCAGAGAAACCUUACAGGGUCUUGCUUAUUUGCAUGUGAAGGGCAAAAUGCACAGAGAUAUAAAGGGUGCAAAUAUUCUACUAACAGACCAUGGAGAUGUCAAGUUGGCUGACUUUGGUGUAGCAGCAAAAAUAACAGCCACCAUUGCAAAGAGGAAAUCAUUUAUUGGUACCCCUUACUGGAUGGCCCCAGAAGUUGCAGCAGUGGAAAAGAAUGGUGGAUACAACCAGCUCUGCGAUAUCUGGGCAGUUGGCAUAACGGCGAUUGAACUUGCAGAGCUUCAGCCGCCCAUGUUUGAUCUUCACCCGAUGAGGGCUUUGUUUUUAAUGUCGAAAAGUAAUUUUCAACCACCAAAACUAAAGGAAAAAGCAAAAUGGUCAUCAACAUUCCAUAAUUUUGUCAAGAUAGCACUUACAAAAAAUCCAAAGAAGAGACCGACAGCAGACAGACUUCUUUCUCAUAGCUUUGUAGGGCAGCCUGGUCUUUCAAGAUCUUUAGCAGUUGAGCUGUUGGACAAAGUUAAUAACCCUGACAACCAUACACACUACAGUGAAGCUGAUGAUGAUGAUUUUGAGCCUCAUUCCGUCAUCCGCCAUACAAUUCGUUCUACGAACAGGAACAUUAGAGCAGAAAGAACAGCAUCAGAGAUAAACUUUGAUAAGCUGCAGUUUGAGCCCCCUCUACGGAAAGAAACAGAAGCUCGGGAUGAAAUGGUUGUGGCAGCUGGCACCGACUUCGCUUCACAUUGGAAUCCUUUUGUUGAUGGAAGCAGCAAGGUACUGCUUACAAAAUUUGGCGAUGGGAGUGAAGAUGUUGAAGAAUCAACCCUAAAACGAGCAGGGCCACCUCCACUACCUCCUAAGCCGAGAAUAAACAGUUAUCCUGAGGAGAACCUCCCAGAUGAUGACAAAUGUCAGACAAUAAAACGCUUCCCAGACUCACAGAACAGAGCCCCACCAGCUCACAGGAGACAGAGUAUCCCUGUUUGUGGGCCUCAGGCUGAUUCUUCCCCCAUUGGUAUGACCAGCAGCAUCAGUAGCCCUGGAUUACUCACAGCUAGAUACAGCGACUUAGGGAAUGGGGGUGGCAUGCUGAAACUCAUAGAAGAAAAUGCAGAAGGGUCUGGACAAAUCCCUCAACUGCCACGUAAAAAAGAGAAAAGAGAUUUCCCUAAGCCAGCAAUCAAUGGUUUACCACCGACACCGAAGGUGCUGAUGGGAGCAUGUUUUUCCAAAGUCUUUGAUGGUUGUCCUUUGAAGAUUAAUUGUGCAACAUCAUGGAUACAUCCAGAUACUAAAGAUCAGUACAUUAUCUUUGGCACAGAAGAAGGUAUCUAUACGUUGAAUUUGAAUGAACUUCAUGAAGCAACAAUGGAACAGUUAUUUCCCCGAAAGUGCACAUGGCUGUAUGUUAUCAAUAACACCUUAAUGUCCUUGUCAGGGAAAACAUUCCAGCUGUACUCCCAUAAUUUAAUAGCUUUGUUUGAACAAGCCAAAAAAACAGGAUUAGCGGCUCAUAUUCAAACCCAUAGGUUUCCUGACAAAAUAUUACCAAGGAAGUUUGCCUUAACGAUGAAGAUCCCUGAUACCAAAGGAUGCCACAAAUGCUGUAUAGUACGAAAUCCAUACACAGGACAUAAGUACCUCUGUGGUGCACUGCAGUCUGGAAUUGUUCUACUACAGUGGUAUGAGCCAAUGCAGAAAUUCAUGUUAAUAAAGCACUUUGACUUUCCUUUGCCAAGCCCUUUGAAUGUGUUUGAAAUGCUAGUGAUACCAGAGCAGGAGUACCCAAUGGUCUGUGUAGCUAUCAGCAAGGGUACUGAACCAAACCAGGUUGUUCACUUUGAGACAAUCAACUUGAAUUCUGCUUCUUCAUGGUUUACAGAAAUUGGUGCAGGCAAUCAGCAGUUAGAUGCCAUUCAUGUAACACAGCUGGAAAGAGACACUGUCUUAGUCUGCCUGGACAAAUUUGUGAAAAUUGUGAAUUUACAAGGGAAAUUGAAGUCAAGCAAGAAAUUGGCCUCUGAGCUGAGCUUUGAUUUCUGCAUUGAGUCUGUGGUGUGCCUUCAAGACAGUGUGCUGGCCUUCUGGAAACAUGGCAUGCAGGGCAAAAGCUUUAAGUCAGAUGAAGUUACCCAAGAGAUAUCUGAUGAAACAAGGGUUUUCCACUUACUGGGAUCAGACAGAGUGGUAGUGUUAGAAAGCAGGCCCACAGAAAAUCCGACUGCACACAGCAAUCUCUACAUCUUGGCUGGACAUGAAAACAGUUACUAAGCAACGGUAACCUAACGCAAAUAACAGAGUGAAUUUGCCACACGAGGAGCGAAGAAGCAUUAGGAAAGUUAAUACAAACUGGACUGUGACUUUCUUUUCUUGAUACUUAAAUGAUGUUGGUUUAGGGUGGAAAUCAAUACAUUUUUGCAGCUGGGAGCAGCUGGUUCUGUCUUUUUGCCACUGUGUGGUUGGUUAUAUUGAGUUUGCUUAAUAAAAGCUAUGAGAUAGAUAGCCCUUUACUCAUUAGUUACAGGGAAACAGAGCCUUUAAAAAAGUGUUAUGCAGUAAAGGUGCCAUAAACUGUUAAAUAUUUUACUUCCCUUGGAUUUUCCUUAUGUUCUGUAGAUACAGUGCUGGCUGUUUCCCUGUUUUAUACUGAGUCUUAUUCUUAAUAAAACAGAUUUGUGUAGGAAGUGAAAGUAUCUGCAAAGCUUUUUGGUUUUAAAUCUGCCAUUCAGUAUGGCUUUGUAUAAUAGAUUAUUUAAUCCUUAUUUAUUAAUCUGCUGCUAGAAUGGUGUAAUGUGUCUAACUCUUAGCAAAGGAAGGUUGCAGAGCAGCUUACAAUUAUUUUUUUUUUUACAAUUGUAUAAAGAUUUGAUUUUUUUUCUUGUAGGGAUGUAGUGCAUUACUGAGGGGAAUGUUACAAUGUCGGUUGAUCUUGUAAAAAUGCAGUUUUGUACAACAGAAUAUUUUGUAUUGAUUUUUUUUUGCCUGCAGAUUGCCAUAAAAGGGAUUUUCUUAUUUACUAGCUGUAGGGUAUGUGUACACAAAAUAGAAUAUUGAUAUCAGACUUGUUGCUACUGGGUGGGUGUGUUCAGGAUACAUAUGUGUGUGUGUGUGCAUGUGUGUUAAGUUGACUGGCAGUGUGUAUUUUUUUUAUAUAUAUAUAUUUAUAUAUAUAUAAAAAUGUACAAAAUAUAUAUGCUUUAUUUUCAUAAAUUAGGGAUAAGCCUUGUGACAUGAAAGGAAAACUGUACCUGGUUAUCAUCCUUAAUGAAUGAAAGUAUCAUGUAUCAAACUGCCCAUGACGUAUAGUUUAUUUAUGCUAUUCCAGAGGGGAGCCUAUAGGGAUAACUGAGCUUACGAGCUUCUUUUUUUGUACAGCAUCCAAAUGUUGUCAGUCAGAGGGUCAUUUAGAAAUGGUUAUUUCCCCAGCUGUGUAGUAUAAAUAAAUAUGAUAAGAACCAGUAUUCUAUAUUCAAGCUUUUCAUCACUUUUUCCCCUUCCCUAUUUGUCACCUGUGUUUUUCUUUCUCUCUUCAUUUCUCCAUUCAACAGUCACAUUGGUUCCUUUUGUCUUCCUUGUUAAUUACAAUUCUCGAGGUACCAUUAAAUGGAAAUACAGACUGACUACAGGAUAGCAUCUGGUUUUACUACCUCACAUUAACCUGCUAGCUUUGAUGUAGGUAAACAUGGUCCGUAGGCAGAUACAGCAGCAGUUCAUAAUUUGAACUGAGGGGUUUUUAAAUUAAAUCUGACAGCGUACUGCUGCCUUAGGAAAGACAGGUUAGAAGCUUCACCCGUCAUUGUAAUAAAGCAGUAAAGGUGUGUUACAGCAGCUUGACCUGUCUGGAGGCUCUGCUGACACAGCAGAGCCAGAGGUGUUUUGAUCUUUUAACUCACAACCUGAGGAAUGGGGUUCUGGGUUGUCUGCUGAAGCAUCAGACUAUGUGAUUCAUAAUUUAACAUUGACGGAAUUAACUCAGCACACAUGAUGACUUAGUAAUGUCUUUUUGUUACUAGGUACAGCUGGAGUUUUGUGUUGUUCUGAGGGUCUGGGAGGGAAAAAAUACCUGCACACAAUUUAGCAUUUUAUCCACUUAGCAUUGUCAUUCAAAACUAAUUCUUGUUAUUUACUUGGUAUUGAAAUCAAGUCAAGCUUUUCAGUUCUUGAAACAGCAAGCAAAGUUUAAUAAAUAGUGAGCGGAGAGAUAAAAAAUAGUCCACAAACAAUGUAUUAAAGAUGUUUUAAGUGGUCAGGUGUAGUUGGAUCAGCAGUAUUAAAAGCAGGCCAUGCAAUUAUUGUGUUUUAAAGAACAUGAGUUCUUUAGUACCGAAGUUACUUCUCCAUAGGUAACAGUUGAUUGAUGAUUAACCCUCAAAUGGUAUAACUUCUAGUCUACAAAGACCUAAAAAAAAAAGAGAAAGUGAAGCACCAGGUGUAGAUGUAGAGCAAGCGCUUUCACUUAAUUUACCUCAUUCACUGCAGAAGGUAAUUUUGGCUUCAUUUUUGAAAACACAUAAAAAUGAUCUCUAAAAGACUAGAAAAAACUGUAAAUAAAAUACAAAUAUUUAUGGGGAAUAACUGGAGUAAAUAACUAUUAGGUCAUGACAUUGUCAUGCAAAAAUAAUGAACUGAAAGUUUUUUUCUUUGAAUGACAAGAAUGGUGAUUUGCUGAAGCAUAAAAAAUGAAUCCAGGAAAGUUCUUGUUUAAGCAAACCUCCUCUUUUAGCUGUUGAAGUGUUCGUAAUGGCAUAUUCUGAAAUGCUUUGUCUGAUUUUUACAGACAGUGGCAUUUUUGGCAUGAUCUGCAAGAUACUGUUUCCCAGUGUAAAACCUCAAUUCUUACUCUUAGAGGGAUAUAGCACAACAGAUUUGCAUGUUCCAUAGCUGAACCACCCAGUCUCAGAGACUCCGACUAGUGUAAUUUGUAUUUGUUAGACCGUUUUAUGUUAGUCUGGUAUUGUCUGUAUCUUUGUUUUUUCUAACAUUUCAACCAGGGUUGAAGAAGCCUAGUGUGUGGGUUUGGAGUUUAUAAAGCAAAAGCUAGCUCAACCCCUCAUCACUCUUUCGACAGCUAUUAAAGUAUUAAUUAUUUGGUGCACAAGGUUUAUGUCUUCAACUUGAAAGCCUUAAAACAGUAUCCCAGUGCUCUUUGAAGUGCAGACAGUAUUUGAAGAGCAGCCUGUAGAUUAGUCUUUUCCUAUUUCCUAACCAAAUUCAUUGUGGCUGAAAAAUACGACUGUUAAUUGUGAUGACAUCUCUUUAAAAGAUGACAGGUACAACGCAUCAGUGAGCCACUGUAUCUUGGAAUAAAAAGGACAAGACUGGGAGACUUCUGAAAUGUACUUUUUACCUUGUUUAGCCAUUAGAUUGUAACUGAAACCCUAA